GAUUACUACAAGAGCAGGCUCUGGUUCAUGGACGGACGAGGGUAGAAUGAACGCUCUCGCAUAGUAGGCCGAGAUUCUAAGUAGAAAGUGUACUCACUAUUGCUUUAGGACAUAACUCAGACGAAUCAUUUUUGUUAAGUAGUUUCACCAGUUUCUGAUUUGUCAUGCCCAAACAACAGUAAGCAUCAAAAUGGUAAAGGCGAUGAAAAGUAAGAAGAAAUCGAAGCAAGCUGCGCUUGCAAAAAAGGACACAGCACAGUCAACCUCUUCUCCAGUGACAGAAGCCAGCGACCUCCUUAAGCAGCUUAGAGGUGCUCUAGCCAAAUUUCGACAAGAUGCUUCAGCAAUAGGAGUCGCUACUUUGUCUACAACCAAGGACUCACAACCGGAAGCUGCAAUAAUAUCAGCUACGUCCGCGAACAAGACAACUGCUCUUGUUGGCACAAGUACAUCUAGUACAACAUCUUCUAAUGGUGUGUCACAGCUUCACAUUUCGGAGAUACAGGCAGCGUUAGAAUUCGUAGGUCUUUCUCUGGAAUGCAGCGUAAGACACUUGAAGGGUCAAAAUCCUAGUCAAGACGCAGAGUUAGUAGGCAGAUUGGAGUCUGUUAAGGGCGUUUUUGCAAAGUUACAAGCGGAAGGAGCUUUGUCAAAAGAUACGUAGAAGCACCGAUGAUGGUCUCCUUGCACACUAGGAACGCAUGAAUCUUCAUUCCCUGUUUUUUUCCCCAAAUUUUCAUGCUCACUUGGAAUCAAGAAGUGAAGCGAAAGCUGUGUCUUGGUUUUCCCGAGGAUUUCGUUUCUGAACGGAGGUUUUAUUUUAGAGACAAAAAGUGUUCGAUGCCGGUACGUUAAUGUAAUCCUGGUCUCUCUGGUGCAUAUCGUAGAGUAGUUUAUAGACGCUGGGUGGCUGGGCGGCCUCGCUGGGCGGCAACGCGGGGCGCGCUGGGUGGCAACGCGGGGCACGCUGGGCGGGCGCUUGGAUAGCGCUUAGCGGACUUGAGGCCCACACAUUGGGCAUGCCGAGCCUGCGCGGCCGAAGGAUUCACUUGCGCCGCGGGGACGCGGUGCAGCGCGUCCCGUGAGCAUAAACAAAAGCGGCACGCCGCCCUCAAGGCUCAGGGCAGCGCUGGCGCAGUGCUGCGCCAGCUUGCGCAGUAGCGGGCUGCGCCUGCUCUGUUCAUGCUUGCGCUACGUCGCGCUGCACUGCGCUGCUCGAUGCGUGCAAUGCUGCCGUGCUCCUGUGCACAGCGGUGAACUCGCCAGCGUCGUUGGCCUUGGCCUACGCUAGCCUAGCACUGCUGGCGGGGUUCUCAAGCGGGCGCCCUUGGGGCGCCCCGCAAUUGGAGACGCCCAGUGUCACGCUGG